CAAAGUACUUUGACACGAAGACAACGGAGCCCAUCAGCUUCUCUUUGUCUGGCCUGGAGGAGCUGCUGUCCUGGCAGCCCAACAGCAACGACGAGUUCAACAUCUCGGCGGUGCCGCUGGCCAAGCGCCAGCCCCCGCUCCACAGCAGGAGGCCUCGGACACUGGUGUGCCACGACAUGCGUGGGGGGUACCUGGAGGACAGGUUCAUCCAGGGCUCGGCCACACGCAACCCUUGGCGCUACAUCGACGUCUUCGUCUACUUCAGCCACCACAAUGUCACCAUCCCACCUGUGGUCUGGACCAAUGCGGCUCACCGGAACGGUGUCUCCGUGCUGGGCACGUUCAUCACGGAGUGGACGGACGGGCAGAAGUUCUGUGAGGCGUUCCUGGCCGGCGGGGAGGAGGCGUACGGCGCCGUGGCCGAGCAGCUGGCCCGCAUCGCCCAGCACUACCGCUUUGAUGGCUGGCUGGUCAACAUAGAGAACACACUGAGUGCGGCGGCGGUGGGGAACCUGCCUGCCUUCCUGCGGGACCUGACAGCACGGGUGCACAGUGCUGUGCCAGGGGGGCUGGUGAUCUGGUAUGACAGCGUCCUGCAGGAUGGCACACUGAGGUGGCAGAACGAGCUGAAUGAGCAGAACAGGGUGUUCUUCGAUGCCUGUGAUGGGCUGUUCACCAACUACAACUGGAAGGAGGAACAACUGGAGAACAGCCGCAGCCUGGCUGGGUCGCGCCGCACUGACGUCUAUGUUGGUGUCGAUGUCUUUGCCCGCGGGGAUGUGGUCGGUGGUGGCUUUGAUACUGGCAAGUCCCUGCGCCUGAUCCGCCAGUAUGGCCUCUCCGCAGCCAUCUUCGCUCCCGGCUGGGUCUACGAGCACCUGGGGGAGGAAAACUUCCUGCAGAACGAGAACAGGUUCUGGGGCUCGCUGGCCGAGUACCUGCCCAGGCACAGCAUCUGCCACACANNNNGAUCCCCUGCUUUCAGCUCCCCCAGCUCAUAUCUCCCUGUCCUGCAGGAGGAAGAGUCUGGGCCCUGGUAUGACCUGAGCUUGCAGGAGAUCCAGCCCCUGUACCCAGAGCAGCAGGGCAGGCUGACUACCAACUGCUGGCUCCAGGAUGCCUGGUGUGGGGGGAGCUCCCUGCAGCUGCAGGGGACCAUCCUCCCCGGCGAGGAGCGCAUGUCCGUCCGUGUCUCUCUCUGGGAUUUGGGGUCAUCAGCCUCUUCUCUUUGCAGAUGCCAGCGCCCCGCAAGCUCUACCUGA